AGUCAAUACUCCGGAGCAGGGGCCGCGGGUCCUGGGCGCUCGCCAUUGGCCCGCACGGUCGCCCCUCUGGCGGCGUGGGCGGGGCGUGGGCGGGGCUGUGAGUGCAGGCCGGGUCCCGAGAGGUGCGGGUCGGUGGCCCGAGGGACGGCUCCGGGGUCGUGGGUCACGAGGUGUAGCGGUAUUGGGGACCUGGACGGUGCGGCCCGGCUGCAGGCCCUCCCCCCACCAUGGAGCCAGGCAGCAUGGAGAACCUGUCCAUCGUGUACCGGAGUCGUGACUUCCUGGUGGUGAACAAGCAUUGGGACGUGCGCAUUGACAGCAAGACGUGGAGGGAGACACUGACCCUUCAGAAGCAGCUUCGGCACCGUUUCCCUGAGCUGGCCGAUCCGGACACCUACUACGGGUUCAGGUUCUGCCACCAGCUGGACUUCUCCACCAGUGGGGCACUUUGUGUGGCCCUGAACAAGGCAGCCGCGGGCAGUGCUUACAAGUGCUUCAAGGAGCGGCGUGUCACCAAGGCUUACCUGGCUCUGGUUCGGGGACACAUCCAGGAGAGCCGGAUGACCAUCAGCUAUGCCAUCGGCAGGAACAGCACGGAGGGUCGAGCCCACACCAUGUGCAUCGAGGGCACUCAGGGCUGUGAGAACCCGAAACCAAGCUUCACGGAGCUGGUGGUUUUGGAACAUGGGCUGUAUACAGGCAACCCUGUCUCCAAAGUGCUGCUGCAGCCCCUCACAGGCCGAACACACCAGCUUCGUGUACACUGCAGUGCCCUCGGUCACCCCAUUGUGGGGGACCUGACCUACGGACAGGCCUCAGGCCAGGAGGAUCAACCGUUCCGCAUGAUGCUGCAUGCCUUCUACCUGCGGAUCCCCACACAGGCCGAGUGUGUGGAGGCCCGCACGCCAGACCCCUUCGUGCCCACCCUUGAUGCCAGCUGGAGCCCCCACACCCUGGUGCAGCCCCUGGACCAGCUUGUCCAGGUCCUACGGACUGCCCCUGACCCUGAGCCCACAGAAGGGGGCCCUGGGCCCUGCGGCUGCUCCAUGCCCCUGCCUGGGCCAGGCCGGCCCCCACCGCCCCCUGCCAAGCCCCCUGAGACAGAAGCGCAGCGUGCCUCUUGCCUUCAGUGGCUGUCAGAGUGGACACUGGAGCCAGACAACUAGAAUGUGGGGCUGGGGUGGGGGUGCAGGCUGGGACUCCCAGGGAGAUUGGGGUUACAGGUUAGAACUCUAAGCCCAUCCCAAAGUGGGGGUGUCCCAGUGGACGAGAACUGAGUCUCCACCCUGGCCAGAGGGGCCAGGCCUGAGGAGGGGCCAAUAGGCAGCCGUGAUUCUAGAGGACGAAGGGCUCGGGGCUGUGGGAUCAGCCCGCCACGGGAAAUCAAGGCCUACCCGUCCUCCAGAAACGCCUGUCUGACUCCAAAGCUUCACCCCCAGGGCUCACGUUGUAGACUUGCCUAGGUUGCCCUGAACGAGGACCUGUGCCAGCCCUUGCCUGGGCGGGCUCCUCCUGGGCCCCCAGAGCACCCUGCUCCUCACUCUACUCAGACCCGCAGUGCCAUCACCCCAACCUGGCUAAGCACUCUCCACCUGUAGCCCCUGACUCGCCCCCUGCCUGGCUGAUACUGCCUUGUGCCUUGGCUUCUGCCAGACUCUGCCCAUGGGCCUCCCUGUCUGCCUGCAUCCUGUUCGUCACACGUGGGGCUGGGUCUGGGCUGUCCCCUCAGGCCUGGCGUAAGUGCUGCUCUACAGCACCCUUCCACGCAGCCAGGAGUCGUUAGACUGGUAGCAAGGGCAGCCCAGGCCCCGCCUCUCCCAUUCCCCACAACACACCCACACCACUCCCACCGCAGCUGGGCUGCAGGACUUGUAAUAAAGGCUCAGUGACUAACCCUG